GCAGCGCUGGCUCCGGUUGGAACACUGCUGCGCAAUGCAGAAAUCUUGUGAACCAGAGUACCACACCCUCUGUCUCCCCUCUGGCAGACCCCAGACAUGGAUGAAACAGACAAGUUGCAAAACAACCUCCCCGAUCACAACACAAAUAUUUACUUAAGUGAGUACAAUACAUCAGGAAGCACAAAGAAGAAGGAAACAGAGGGAAAAAAUGUCACAGUUGGCCCCAUUGAGCUGUUCAGGUUUGCAGAUGGCUUGGACCUUUUACUAAUCUUCCUCGGGACAGUGAUGUCGGUGGCCCAUGGGCUGGUGUUCCCCCUCAUGUGUGUUGUCUUUGGUCAUAUGGCAGACAGAUUUAUACAGUACUCAGCAAUGUCCAAAAACAAUACCCGCCACCUUCUUUUCACCAACAGCACCUUACAGGAUGACAUGGCCAGCUUUUCUAUUUACUUCGCCAUCACAGGGGUCUUGGUGCUGGUGGCCGCCUACAUGCAGGUUGCUUUUUUUACACUGGCUGCUGUACGGCAGGUCACACGCAUCCGCAAGUGUUUUUUCCACAGUAUCAUGCGACAGGACAUCGGCUGGUUUGAUGUCAAUGAGACAGGAACACUCAACACUCGCCUUGUUGAUGAUGUCUAUAAAAUACAAGAGGGUAUUGGAGACAAAAUGGGGAUGUUGAUCCAGUCGCUUUCCACCUUCAUUGCAUCUUUGGUUGUUGGCUUAAGCAUAGGAUGGAAGCUCGCUCUGGUCAUCCUGGCCGUCUGCCCCUUGCUGGGCCUAUCAGCUGCCAUUUUCAGUAAGGUGGUGACAUCAUUCACCGCUAAAGAACAGGCUGCUUAUGCCAAAGCCGGCGCAGUGGCAGAGGAGGUGCUUUCUGCCAUCAGGACUGUUUUUGCCUUCAGUGGUCAGCAGAGAGAGAUCCAAAGGUAUCAUAAGAACCUGGAGGAGGCUAAGAACAUGGGAAUAAAGAAGGCGAUAAGUUCGAACACCGCUAUGGGUUUCACCUUCAUGAUGAUCUUCCUGUCUUAUGCUCUGGCCUUCUGGUAUGGGAGUACGCUCGUUCGGAGUAAGGAGUACACUACUGGAACUGUACUCACAGUUUUAUUUGCUUUGAUUUUUGGAGCAAUUGCACUUGGCCAGACCUCACCAAACAUCCAGUCCUUUUCCAGUGCCCUAGGAGCUGCACACCACGUGUACCGCAUCAUUGACACUAAACCCAGUAUCGACAGCUACUCAGAGAACGGCUUCAAGCUUGAUGUCAUCACAGGAAACAUAGAGUUCAAGAAGAUCCACUUUAAGUACCCCUCAAGGCCAGAGGUCAAAGUAUUAAACAACAUGUCCCUAAGCAUUAAGAGUGGACAGACCAUCGCUUUAGUGGGAAGCAGUGGCUGCGGUAAAAGCACCACCAUUCAGCUUUUGCAGAGGUUCUACGAUCCUCAGGAGGGAUCUGUAUCUAUUGAUGAUCAUGACAUCCGUUCGCUCAAUAUCUGCCACCUGCGAAAGAUGAUUGGCAUGGUGAGUCAAGAGCCCGUCCUUUUUGCCACCACCAUAUCUGAGAACAUCCGAUACGGCCGAACUGACGUGACGCAGCAGGAAAUAGAGCAAGCUGCCAAGGAGGCCCAUGCUUACGACUUCAUCAUGAACUUUCCUGAUAAGUUUGAGACGCUGGUCGGGGACCGAGGGACUCAGAUGAGUGGAGGUCAGAAGCAGAGAAUUGCAAUUGCCCGGGCACUAGUCCGUAACCCCAAAAUCCUUCUGCUGGAUGAAGCAACAUCUGCGCUUGAUGCUGAAAGUGAAACUUUUGUGCAGGCUGCACUUGAUGAGGUCAGACUGGGUCGUACCACCGUAAUUGUGGCCCAUCGCCUCUCAACUAUCAGAAACGCUGAUAUCAUCGCUGGCUUCCAAAAUGGAGAAGUUGUAGAGUUGGGCACUCAUAGCCAACUGAUGGAAAAACAGGGUGUGUAUCAUACCCUUGUCACCAUGCAGACCUUCCAGAAAGCCGAGGAGCAGUGGAAUAGUGAGCAGAAUGAAAAGAGCCGAAUAGCCAAAACAUUUAAUGAUUCUUCCUUCAGAAGGAGUAAGUCUACAAAAGGUUCUUUCUCUGCUCAUUUGGAGGGAAACCAAAAAGAGAGAGAAACAUUGAUUGAUGCCAAAGACAAGACGGAGGAGGAUGAAAAUGUUCCCCCUGUGUCAUUACUCAAAAUUAUGCAUUUCAACCUUCCUGAGUGGCCUUACAUUUUGACGGGGAUCAUCUUUGCUGCCAUCAAUGGAUUAUUACAUCCCCUGUUCGCAGUCAUCCUCUCAAAGUUCAUUGCUGUGAUGGCUGAGGCUGAUGAAGAGAUUAUCAGAAAAGAAACAGAAUUCCUUUGCAUGAUGUUUGCAACUAUUGGAAUUGUAAUCUUUUUCACCAUGUUUCUCCAGGGUUACUGUUUUGGAAAAUCUGGAGAGAUCCUGACGUUGAAACUGAGACUGGCAGCUUUCAAGGCUUUGAUGCGGCAGGAUCUCGCCUGGUUUGAUGACCAUAAAAACAGCGUAGGAAUGCUCACAACAAGGCUGGCUUCAGAUGCUGCUCAAGUGCAAGGGGUAACGGGACUACGUCUGGCUACCAUGGUGCAGAAUAUUACCAAUUUAGGCACUGGUGUGAUUCUUGCCUUUGUGAAUGGCUGGGAGCUGACCCUGCUCGUACUGGUCUUGGUACCAAUCCUUGCAGUGGCUGGAACUGUGGAGAUGGAGUUGCUAGCUGGGCAAGCUGCCAAGGACAAGAAGGAGUUGGAGAAGGCUGGACAGAUUGUUACAGAAGCCAUCGAAAAUAUCCGUACAGUUGCAUCUCUGACCAGGGAACCCAAGUUUGAGUCUUUGUAUCACAAUAACCUGGAAGUUCCCUACAGAAAUGCCCAGAAAAAGGCCCAUGUGCAGGGUUUUGCCUUCUCUUUCUCCCAAGCCAUGAUCUACUUUACUUAUGCCAUAUGUUUCUGGUUUGGAGCUUGGCUUGUUGAGCAAGGACGAAUGGAUGUUGAAGGAGUAUUUCUGGUGGUUAUGGCAAUUCUGUAUGGUUCUAUGGCUGUUGGAGAAGCCAAUUCCUUCACUCCAAACUAUGCAAACGCGAAAAUGUCAGCUGCUCACAUCAUGAUGCUUCUGAACGCACAGCCUGCUAUUGACAAUCUCUCACAUGAAGGCCAGUCAUUGGACCAAUUUGAUGGUCAUGUGUACUUUGAGGGAGUUGAGUUUAACUACCCCUCAUGCCCUGAUGUACCCGUCCUCCGAGGGCUGAAUCUGAAGGUGAGCAAAGGAGAGACACUGGCCCUAGUAGGAAGCAGUGGCUGUGGAAAAAGCACCACCAUCCAGCUUCUGGAGAGGUUCUAUGACACCACGCAAGGGAACCUGAUGAUUGAUUCCAAGAAUGUGAAAGAGCUGAACAUCUGCUGGCUGAGGUCUCAGAUAGGUAUUGUGUCCCAGGAGCCUGUGCUCUUUGACUGCAGCUUGGCCAAAAACAUCGCCUAUGGAGACAACAGUCGUACUGUAACUAUAGAGGAGAUUAAGGCAGCUGCUGAAGCAGCCAACAUUCACAGCUUUAUAGAACAUUUGCCAAAGAAGUACGACACUAUGGCAGGCGAUAAGGGGACCCAGCUGUCUGGUGGUCAGAAACAACGAAUAGCCAUAGCCCGAGCCAUCCUUCGUAACCCCAAACUGUUGCUUCUGGAUGAGGCCACGUCUGCACUCGACACUGAGAGUGAGAAGGUGGUGCAGGAGGCGUUGGACAAAGCUAGGCAGGGCAGGACGUGUAUCGUUGUAGCGCACCGUCUGUCCACCAUCCAAAACGCAGACCGCAUUGCUGUCUUUCAGGGAGGGGUGGUGGUUGAACAAGGGACGCACCAGCAGCUGCUAGCCAAAAAGGGAGUCUAUCACAUGCUGGUCACUAAACAGUUGGGCUGUGGUAGUGAAUGAGAAGACUCUUUUAUUGAGUUAUUUUCACAGGUCACCAUUUUCAAUGAAGAGUGGCUGUUUGUUUGUUUGAACGCACGCGACUGUUGGUGUGUUGACUCGAAGACACCCAAACACAGAUGUGCAAGUAGGAAAUUUUCAGUUCAGUUUGUCUAAAUAAGGUCAGUGUUUCCCAACCUUUAUUGAGCCAAGGCACAUGAUACCAUCACCAAACAAAAUUGUCAGAAAAGCAUAAAUACGGAAAUAAUGACAAUAUUGUCUGAAUUUAGGCACAAAUUUACUUAGGGUGAAAAAUUUCUUAUUAGUUUUAGUCACAUUUUAGUCAUUUCUAUAUAUAAUAGUUUUAGUCAAUGAAAACUCAAAAAAUGGUUUAGUCUAGUUUUUAGGAAAAUGUUUCAAGUUCAAUAAAUAAUUUUUACAAAAUACCAUGCUAAGAAAAUAGAAUGGCCUUAACUAUCAAACAAGCAAAAUAAAAAUAUGUUUUGAUAGUGUAUUAACCACAUGACUGGCACUCACCCUGCACUUAAGAUUUCUGAUCUUUCUUUCUGAGCUAUGGACGGAAUUAUAAUGUAGCUGAACUGUGGUUGUUAUUAUCAGAUUAGAUUAUCAGAAAUACAUUAUUUGUAGGAAAUAAUAAUUUCAGACCAAUUAAGUGAAAUUGGAUCAUUUCCUGCAGCACACCAGUGAUCUAGAUUGUAGUGACAUACGCUCCCUGUUUUGCUGGGUUUUGUGGGAUAUCAAAUGUUUUCUCAGGUACAAAAUACUGUAUAUUGUAUAACUGAAUCAGGGAGUGAUUCCAUUAGGGAAAAAAUAAAGACAACUGAGGACAAGCGGUUUGGAAAAUGGAUGGAUGGAUGGAUAUAGAUAACUGACAGAUUAACAAACACAAAACACUCAAAAAUAGGAAGCAAUAACUGAAAUCUGAUUAAGUUUGGCUGAUUUACUGACUGACUGACUGACUGAAGUGAGGAAAGGGAAGUCUGUAAGGUGCAUUUGAGGGGAUUAGUGCUGCAGUGCAUGACAAUUUCAAGAGAUUUAACAUAAUUCAAACCUACUAGCCAAAUAUGAUAUGUAACAAUGUAUUACUAGCAGGAAAAAAUAUAUUUUAUUUUAUAUUUUACACCAUUGUAUACAUUAAAAUGGCAUUUACCCAUUAUUAUCCUCAAAAGUCCUUACAUCUGCGGACAGACCAGCCUUACCUUUGUUAACAGAACCUACCUCACAGUGCUCUUUCACAUGUAGCUCAUCUCGAAUGUGGCCAGAAUAAAUCUGCAUUGCAUGGAUUAUAGUCACAGAAAGUGCGACUUACUGUCCAUCCUUCCAUCCAUUUUCUGAGCCGCUUCUCCUCACUAGGGUCGCGGGCGUGGUGGAGCCUAUCCCAGCUAUCAUCGGGCAGGAGGCGGGGUACACCCUGAACUGGUUGCCAACCAAUCGCAGGGCACAUACAAACAAACAACCAUUCGCACACACAUUCACACCUACGGGCAAUUUAGAGUUGUCAAUUAACCUACCAUGCAUGUUUUUGGGAUGUGGGAGGAAACCCCACACAGGCACGGGGAGAACAUGCAAACUCCAUACAGGCGGGGCCGGGGAUUGAACCCCGGUCCUCAGAACUGUGGGACAGACGCUCGAACCAGUCGGUCACCGUGCCGCACUACUUACUGUAUUUGUGUAAAAAUAUAUUGUGAAUGGAAUGCAAUUACCUCUGCCAAACAAUGUUAAUGUAUCAAAUAAUUUAUUAAAUGUUGGUACAAACCUGAAUAAAUUGUGGAUGCAGAAAUGUA